AUGUCUAUUUUAAUACUUUUGGCAAACCUGAUGUGGCAUUACUUAACUGUAAGUUCAAAUUCCAUAGUUCUGGCAAAGGGAGGCAGCAAGCUUGAGACAACAACUGCACAACUUGCAAGAAAAUCAUCGAGCACUCUGGUUUGUCAAACCCCCACCCAGCAGAAAAUCAACAGUUGCAUUCUACAGAAGCCUAAUCCGCAGUUGAUGGGACAAGAUCUUUCUGGAAUGGGUGUCAAGGAACUGCAGGCUCUAGAAAAUCAACUGGAAAUAAGUCUGCGUUGCAUCCGGACAAAAAAGGGGAGUCUUGUCCACCAAGAAAACAUGGAAUUAUACAAAAAGAUUAACCUAAUUCGUCAGGAAAAUGUUGAGUUACAGAAAAAGCUCUCUGAGACGGAGGCAGUGACUGAAGUUAACCGAAAUUCAAGAACUCCAUACAAUUUUGCAGUUGUUGAAGAUGCCAAUGUUUCUGUUGAUCUUGAACUCAAUUCCCCGCAGCAACAAAAUGAUGUUGAGCAUACUGCGCCCCCUAAACUAGGGGAGUACAAAAUUUGUUCCUCAAUACUCCAGGACUGCUUCAACCAUUUCCGCAUUAAAAUAGCUUCAAAUAAAGCAGCUCUAAACCAAUUAAAUUUUUAUAUCCUGGAUUCAAAUAUUUCUAUAGAUGACUUUCAGCAAAUGUUAAGAAAAACAUGUGAAUCUGAGCAACGGGGAAACUCAGAAAGAAAGUUAGGACGCAUUAUCUAA